GGUGUGGGAUUUGCAGCCCCAAUCCUAAACUUAAAUCAAUGAUUGUGCUUGGAUCCCUUUAGACGUCACUCUGACAGUCAGUCUUGUCUUCCUUGUGCCAAAGUUCACACAACAAUUCUGUUCACCUGCAAAUCUUUUUGUUAUCGAAAUGUCCGAAUCCCAACCUCCGACAUUAGUUGAAGGUGCAACCACCGGCGAUGUAGAUGACGAAAUCCCUCAAAAGGCCAAGUCGGCAGAAGACCGUAAAGCUGCUGCCGCUCUCUCCUCUCUCGAUGCCCCUCGCGAAGACGACUCGGCCGGGACGAAAGAGCUAGAUCAAGAGGCUGUGAGGAAAGCUAUGGAAAGGUUGGCAGGUACGGGCGCCACGAAUGGAAAAGUUGCAAAGAAGGGAGAUGAGAAAAAGGUUGUGAAGAAGAUAGUGAAGGUGGAAGCGGCCGAUGUUAAUUUAUUGGUUGAGGAACUCGAAUUGACGAAGAUCAAGGCCACGGACUUAUUGAAGGCUCAUGACGGUGAUGCCACGACAGCGUUGAGGGCAUAUAUUACCCCUGUGGUAUAAUGAAAUUAAAUUAAGGAAUGAAAUAACGGAUUUUAAUGAAUUGAGCACGGCGUUAAAGCUACAAAUAUUGCUGGAUGGCUGUCAGUGAGCCUUCCAAAAGUUUUCACUCCAAGGUCAUAGGGUCUAGUCAAGAAUCUGGCCUCA